CUGUCACUGUUAGUAUCAUGUUAAAUUGAUUUAAAAACACGGUAAUGCGUCUUUUAGUGUUCGUCCGCUGAACAUAUGACGCUCUGCGUGGCGCUCACGUGCUGAUCAACGUAGUGAACCUCUGUCACUGUCUCUUCUCUUAGUUCUUUUUUAACUGUGCAAUGGAGUCUCUGUCAUUGAAUUAUGUUUCUCAGCUGAACGAUUACCAGCAGAAGACACAGUGCACCGUGGAGUAUGAGGAGGGAUCCACAGAUGGACCGAGUCACAACAAAACGUUCACUAUGAGGGCUAUAGUUAAUGGACAGCAGUAUCCUGAGGGCACUGGGAAAACCAAGAAAGAGGCCAGGCUAAAUGCUGCCAAGAACGCCCUUGAUGCCAUAAAAAACACUCAAAAUACUGAACCUACAACGUCAUCUGUUCAAAACACUCCCAACAAUAUGACUGUAUCUCAGAGGAAUUAUAUUUGCUGGCUCAAUGAGCAUUCAAUGAAGAACAAGUUAUGUUUUAAGGCUCGUGAGUCCAGAAAGACAGGAAACACUGCUCAAUUGUAUACUUAUGUUUGUAAGUAUGUUUGUGGUGAUAAAGAGUUUCCUGAGGUUUGUGGAAAUAAUAAGAAGGACGCUAAAGAAGCAGCGGCAAAAUGUGUUUAUGAAGAGUUACUCAAAACACAAGAUGCAGAGGUCUUCAAUGACAAGAGCAAUCGAACACAGAGGUCAGAGUUUACGUCUCAUGGUGCUAGCCUGGACCGUGCCAGUUUGAGUUUAGCUGAUGAACCUCGAAGCACCACGCCUGACAGCAACUACAUAGCACUUCUCAAUCACUACAGCCAGAAACGUAAUCAGGCACUUGAUUUUAAAUUAGUGGAGAGACGAGGCCCUCCUCACAACCCUGAAUUUGUAUAUAAAGUAAUUUUGGACGGUAAGGAAUAUCCUGAAGGACAAGGAAAAAGUGCAAAAGAGGCAAAGCAACAUGCUGCUCAGCGCGCUUGGAGUGAAAUGAAUGAGCAAUCUGGAUGGACCACACAGGCAAGAUGCUUCAGAAACACAGAUAUAUUUAUAAGUCUAGAUGUUCAUGAUGUCAUUUUUAUUAAUGCACAUCCGAAAAUAAAAUUAGCAGCAAAUUUUCAUCUGUCACCAAAUGGUCUGGCCGGGAGUAGAGAGGUUGGUCCUAACAUGAAUGAACAGAACCCAGCAAAGCCAUCUGGAGGUCAAAUUUCAAACCAAGCUACAAAGUCAAGGUUUUUAGAAGACUUUGAUUCAAUAAAUCCAAUUGGCAAAGGUGGCUUCGGCCUUGUUUUCAAGGCAAGACGAAUACUUGAAAACACAUAUUAUGCUGUGAAGAUAGUGAAGAGUACAAAAAAAGCUCGUCGUGAGGUCGAUGCUUUGGCUAAGUUGAAUAACAGCAACAUCGUCCGCUACUACUCAUGUUGGGUCGAGGGCACUUCGUACAGACACGAGUCUUCAGAGAGCUACUGCCCCUCAGAUUCUGGCAGUGACCGGAGAACAAAGUACCUCUACAUUCAGAUGGAGCUUUGUGAGGGAGACACGCUUCGUGCCUGGAUUGAUAAAAGAAACUCUUCAGAUGUUGAUUAUCCAGAGAGGAGGACGGAUGCCGCACAGAUCAACAGACAGGUGCUGAAGGCAGUGGAGUACAUUCACAAAGAGGGCUUGAUCCACAGAGACCUGAAGCCUGUGAACAUAAUGUUCAACAGUGAGGGAACAGUAAAGGUUGGAGACUUUGGCCUCGUGACAACAGCAGAAAAUGACAAUGACACACAACUGCUGGAACGGACUAAAGGGACGGGAACCCAUUCUUACAUGAGCCCAGAGCAGAUGGCUCAAACAUCCUAUGACAAAAAGGUGGAUAUAUACGCUUUGGGUCUCAUAUACUUUGAACUCAUCUGGAAACUUGCCACGGUGUCUGAAAAGAGCCAGAUUUGGGAAGAUAUAAGAAGUAGGAAAUUUCCAACACAGUUCUCUAUGAAGUUUAACUUUGAGCACAAGCUUAUAGAUCGAAUGCUGAGUCCCAGUCCUGAAGAGAGACCAGACGCCUCCGAGCUGAUCAGAGAGCUGGACCAAUCUUCACUGGACUUCAUUUCAGGGUAA